GUGAAGGUCGAGGCGGUUGGUGGGGUGGCUUCACGAGUCCCCACCCCCCAAAGAGGCAACGGCUGAAGGGGGGGGGGAGCGACAGAGCCCCUUCCUCGCAACGAGAAAGCAAAUGUGCCUUUGCAUGUUUAUAGAAAAUGCAAAAACCUCCUAGCACCUUUGAGGAAUUUUUACAGUCUCAAAACUUGGAUGAUUGGCCGAGAUACCCCUACUUUCCAGAAGUAGAUCCUCGUCCUUUGAUUGCUACAUUAAGAAAUGACUAUUCCUUGGAGAACAUUGCUAAGCAUCUUUAUGACAAUGUUCCACUUUCGACUGAAAAUCUCUCCAACGUGGAGGAGAGGGUGGAGGAAUGUAAAAUUAAAGUCCAUGAACAUGCUAAAAAAAUAGUUCAUUUGGAAUGUAGUGAAGGGGGAAAAGACCAGUCUCCUCUGGAGCAAGCUGUUGAGACUUCAGCUUCUGAUUCGAAGGACUUUUCAGUGAUGAAAAAGAAGAAAAAGAAGAAGAAGAAAGUGGAGUUUGCUGCAGAUACUGCGCAAGAUUCAAGGUGUAAAAAAGUAGAGAAUUACAACUUCCCUGGUUUCCAGUCGCAUCAUCUUACAAACCUACCACGUCAACUGGAAGCUGUACAACUUUGGGAUUCUAUUGUAAAAGUCCAAACUUUCAAGCAGGGACUUAAUUUAAAAAUUUUGAAGAAAUUGUUUCUUUCAGAAGCAUCUGUUGCCCUUUUACAGGAUUGCUUUUGGUGGUGGUUUCUUCAGAAGUUCAAGCCCAAUCAAGAACAACAGGAUCAUCUUUUUGACCGAAUAUCAGACAGUUUUGUGGCACUUCUGAUGAGUACUCCCAAUUAUAUAAAAGAUCCUUUCUUUCAGGUGUAUCCUGACUGCUUGUCGCAAGCCAUCUAUCUUACUUUUUGCGAAGCUUUCCCGAAUUCUCAUUUUGGUGAUGAGUUUAAAGAUGAACUAAUGGAUUUAAUUUUCCAGUGGAUAAGAGGUUUCAAACCACAGAAAUGUGCUUGGAAGAAAUGGAAUUUAUGGUGCUUGGAAAAGCCAGUGAAUUGCAUCCCCAAAAGAGAUUCCGUUUGUCUGUCAGUGUUCAAUCUUUUCCCUAAAGAAAGGUCAAAGUCUUUGAGGUUUCAGCUAACAUCAGAUGAAGAAUUAAAGAGAGAAACCACAGAGCCAAAGAAAGAGUCCCAUUAUGUUGGAGAUGGUCCGCACUUCUGCCGUUCGCUGUUCAACCUUGGUGGGCAAAGUCCGCUGGUCUUAUAUUACCUUAAGACACAUGGGAUCUCGAACACCCUACAGAACUCUCGGCUAUACAAGAUCACUCACACUGAAAUUUGCAAAGAACCGCCAUCAUCUCCUACUUAUCAAGAUGUCAUUGAGGAGAGUAGGAAAUUUACCAAACAACUGCACAGUGAUUUUCUCGACUUUGAACAUAGAUACAAUGAACAACUUGCAGAGAUGAAAGAGAAGAGAGAAAAAGUGAACUGGAAAUUCCAAAGGCUGUUGUCAAAAGUCAGCAAGAAUCCUAAUGAAUUAAGGCUGAGAACACAAGACUUAAUCCAGAAACUGGAGAACCAAACGCCAGGCCAGGCCGAAUCCAGUACUGUGAAUUCAGUGGUGAAAAAAAUCCAGUUCUAAGAUUUCAGGAACUGGCUGAAUAUCUCCUGCCACCAAGUUACGCUCAGCAACAUACUUGGUAUUAAACAUGACUUCUCUUUCAGGUCAA